UUAUAAGUGGUGUCGAACGUGUCGAGUGGUGCGCCCACCGAGAGCCUCCCAUUGCGCUGAUUGUGACAACUGUGUCAUGCAGUUUGAUCAUCAUUGCCCUUUUGUUGGUAACUGCGUUGGCCGACGAAACUACUUGUACGUGGUGAAGUCCUUUGUAACAGUGGGGAUCUCUAUCGUAGAUACUUCAACAUGUUUAUAUAUGCAGCACU